GGAUAUUUUUGGUUCUGUUUGUGAAUAAACCAAAACUUGUGGUUCUUUCUCUUCUUCUCCUAAACCUCAGUCGCCGAUCGAUCAGAACUCAACAGUGACGUCACGAGAGAUAGAGAAGAGACAAUGGCGGCGACUCUUAUGAACAGAGCAAUCUCCAGAACCGAAACCGUCGGUGCUUUCAGGCUCUCGCUCAACCUCCUGAGAAACUUCUCUGCGCCGGCGGCAGCGGCAUCUCCGUCGACCGAAAACCCUAGCUCCGAUUCGAUUAAACCGAAACGAAGGAAGAAGAAGAACCUAAUCGAGGUGGCUCAGUUCUUACCCAAUUGGGGAAUCGGAUACCAUAUGGCCAAAGCUCACUGGAACGGAGUCUCUUACGAGAUCACUAAGAUCAAUCUCUACAAGGAUGGUAGGCAUGGCAAAGCUUGGGGAAUUGUUCACAAAGAUGGUUUGCGAGCUGCGGAAGCUCCUAAGAAGAUAAGCGGAGUUCACAAACGCUGCUGGAAGUAUAUCCCUAACCUGUCCAAGACCACACCUGCAACAACAGGCUCUGCACCCGCCGCUGAAGUACAAGCUGCUUGAUCUGUUUGCUUCCACUGUUUGUGUGGUAUCUGUUUGCAGUUUAUUAUUACCUUUGGAAGAUACAACUCUUGAUAAGUCACUGUUGAAUCUGUCGGUAGCUUUGCAGGAAAAAAGAUCUAUGAUCCUCGGAUGAUGUUUGGUUUUAGGUUCAUCUUAUAAAGACUUGUACGCUUCUUGAGAUGGAUUUUGAGCUACUAUUUUGUAUCAACUUGUUUGGUAGAUCUUCCGGUUUUAAACAUCUAAUAAGAGAGUUUAUUUACCA